UCCUAGCAACGGGGCGGAAGGAACCUUCAUUUAACAACAAGUUACUUAUCUCCCACAACACAAAACGUUACCGCUUAUACAGUCUUAAAUUAUAAUAUUUAUGUUUGUUCACUAUAUACUUUUAAAAACAAUAUAUAUUCUCAAGUUAUCGUAUGAAGCGGGAUGGCUAUCAACAACCCAUCGGUGUUUCUGUUGAUGAUAAACGGACAGAUAGAAGGAGCGAAUUUUCCAGAGUAUGAUGACCUGUACUGUAAAUACUGCUUCGUCUACGGACACGACUGGGCUCCCACCUCGGGUCUAGAGGAGGGUAUAUCUCAGAUUACGUCGAAGGGCAGAGACUCUCCUCAGAGAAUGAUCUGGAAUUUUCCUCUGGAGAUCACCUUUAAGAGCACCAACCCAUUAGGCUGGCCUCAGAUCGUGGUAAGUGUCUACGGUCCUGAUACGUUUGGUAACGAUGUGGUCAGAGGAUACGGAGCAACACACAUCCCCUUCACUCCUGGACAACACACCAGAACCAUCCCAAUGUUUGUUCCUGAAUCCACAUCAAGACUACAGAAAUUCACAAGUUGGCUGCUGGGCCGGCGUCCAGAGUUCACCGAUCCUAAAGUCGUGGCCCAGGGAGAGGGCAGAGAAGUGACCAGGGUCCGUUCUCAGGGUUUCGUCUCCCUCUCCUUCCACAUUGUGACUAAAGACAUGAAGAGACUGGGUUACGACACCACACCUUCCGAGACCUCACACACUCUGUCACACACUGCUGCCGCAGGCAUCGGACCGGGAGACCAGCCCUACAGCACGUGACGGAAACACACACACACACUGCUGCUGCAGGCAUCGGACCGGGAGACCAGCCCUACAGCACGUGACGGAAACACACACACACACUGCUGCCGCAGGCAUCGGACCGGGAGACCAGCCCUACAGCACGUGAUGCAAACACACACACACUGCUGCCGCAGGCAUCGGACCGGGAGACCAGCCCUACAGCACGUGAUGCAAACACACACACACACUGCUGCCGCAGGCAUCGGACCGGGAGACCAGCCCUACAGCACGUGAUGCAAACACAAAGGCUGGUUUAAAGACAUCAGACUGAUCCAGGACCUGCAGAACCCCUCUAUAAUAAUCUAUCUGGGGGGGGGUGACAUUAAUUUAAACCAGGACUCUGUUGAGCAGCCAUUGUUUUUUAAUAUAUCCUUAAUUUAACUCGGCAAAUCAGUUAAGAACAAAUUCUUAUUUACAACGACGGGCUACCGGGGAACAGUGGGGUUUAAACUGCCUUGUUCAGGGGCAGAUUUUGUACCUUGUCGGCUCGGGGAUUCGAUCCAGCAACCUUUCGGGUCACUAGUCCAACGCUCUAACCACGAGGCUACCCUGCCGCCCCUGUUGAUAAGUAACUGGUUAAGGUUAGCAGAAGGAUUUUUCAAAUCCUGAGCGUCUUUAUUUUCUAUAUAUCCUCUACUUUCUCCUUCUGAGCGCCUUAACGAUAGUAGGAAGGGGCGUGGCUUCCUGACAACGAUCACCGAUUGGACAGCCCCCAACCUCCAAAACAACCACAUUGGCCGAGCUUAUGCCGGUUAUCGCUUGAUCUGAAGUGUUGUAAUUGUUUGACUGAGAAUAAAAUAUACUGUGUUUCAUG